AGGGGUUUUAGGGUUUUCUUGUGAGAGAGAAAGAGAAGCUAUGAGUGACGCCUUUUGUUCGGACUGUAAGAGGCACACGGAGGUUGUGUUUGACCAUUCCGCCGGAGAUACAGUUUGUUCAGAGUGUGGGCUCGUGCUUGAAUCGCACUCAAUCGAUGAAACUUCGGAGUGGCGUACCUUCGCUAAUGAGUCAGGUGAUAAUGAUCCAGUUCGUGUCGGUGGUCCGACGAAUCCUCUUUUAGCUGAUGGUGGUCUCACUACUGUCAUUUCCAAACCUAAUGGAUCCUCUGGCGAUUUCCUCUCUUCUUCUCUUGGUCGAUGGCAGAAUCGUGGAUCUAAUCCCGAUCGUGGCCUUAUUGUUGCUUUCAAGACUAUCGCUACCAUGGCUGAUAGGUUGGGACUUGUGGCGACCAUCAAGGACCGAGCAAAUGAGAUUUAUAAAAGGGUUGAGGAUCAGAAGUCAAGUAGAGGAAGAAAUCAGGAUGCUCUUUUGGCUGCCUGUUUAUACAUUGCUUGCCGGCAAGAAGACAAGCCACGAACUGUCAAGGAAAUAUGCUCUGUUGCCAAUGGAGCUACUAAGAAGGAGAUUGGUCGCGCAAAAGAGUACAUAGUCAAACAGUUGGGGCUGGAAACCGGACAGUCGGUUGAAAUGGGUACUAUACAUGCUGGAGAUUUUAUGAGACGUUUUUGCUCCAAUCUUGGUAUGACCAACCAAACCGUGAAAGCUGCUCAAGAAUCUGUGCAAAAGUCAGAGGAAUUUGAUAUAAGGAGGAGUCCCAUAUCGAUUGCAGCAGCGGUGAUAUACAUCAUAACACAGCUCUCUGAUGAGAAGAAGCCUCUCCGAGAUAUAUCGGUAGCAACUGGAGUCGCGGAAGGAACUAUAAGAAACUCUUACAAAGAUCUUUACCCUCACCUUUCGAAGAUCAUACCAGCUUGGUACGCUAAAGAAGAAGAUCUCAAGAACCUUCAAAGCCCUUGAGUAUCUUCUUCUUCUACUCUCAUACUCGCAGUCAUGCCUUCGAGUUUCGAUUGGGAUUAUGGGUUAAAAAGUUGUUUUUGUCCAGAAGUGCGACUCGAGCCACGCUUGAACAAGAGUUUUACAGUAGAUUUGUAUCACUUUUUCUCCAUAAGGUACCAUACAUUGUUGAAUUAGUGAAAUGGUAUUUCUAGUUGAUCCCACCAUUUCCAGCACCAUGCCACUGGGCUCUGACCUAUUAAACCCUGCUAAUUAAG